AUGAGCAAUGCAGAGAUUAUUGUACUUGGCGCUGGAGUCAUUGGUCUUACUACUGCAUUGCUGCUUAAACAAAAAGGCUACAAAAAUGUUACAGUUGUAGCAAAGUUUAUUCCAGGGGAUGUAUCUGAUUCAUUGAAUAAUACAUUCGAUACAUCACGUGCCCACUGGAGGACAAUGGCAAGCAACGAUAAUAAGCUACUUCAAAAAUUCGACACUGUCAGCUACAGGAAGUUUAUGAGUUUGGCUCGGGAUAAUAAAGCUGGAAAACAUGGUAUCAUGGUUAUGCCAAGUUAUGAUUAUUAUGAAGAUGCUUCAAUUGCUGAAAUAUCUCAUCCUUGGUUCAAGGAUGUAGUGGAGAACGUAAGUGUAUCUUUCAUCAUUAGUGACUUCUUCCAAUUCCUGACGGCGGAACAUAACUCAAUUCCAAAAGGUGCAACAUUAGGUCAUACCUACACAACUGCAACGGAUAAGCAUAGUGAACCGCCUAUUGUCAUCAACUGUACAGGGUUGGGCUCGAAAUUUUUAGGUGGCGUUCGGGACCAAGCUUUAUUCCCUUCAAGAGGCCAGACUGUUAUUGUAAAAGGAUCACACAUAAAAGAAACGAUAACUUUCUCAAGAAAGCAAGAUAUACUGUAUAUUAUCCCCAGGUCGGAUGGGACAAUUGUUCUUGGAGGAACAACCGGCAUAAAUGACUACACACCAUUUCCUGAUGAUAAAACUACAGAACAAAUCCUUCGAAGAACAACCGAAUUAUGCCCGGACUUACUAUCAAUAGCUGGAAAGAAACUGGAAGUACUGCGAUCUGUGGUGGGUUUGCGUCCGGGAAGGAAAGGUGGACCCCGUAUUGAAAAUGAGGUCAUACGUAACAACCCGGCCCUUCACUUUAAAGUUACCCAUGCAUAUGGCCAUGGAGGUUUUGGAGUACAAUCAAGCUGGGGAGCAGCCGAGUAUGCCAUUGAAUUGAUGGAGCAGAGCCUUAGAACAGAAGAUAACAACUCAAUUGCAACGAGCAAGCAUUCACGGCUUUAA